UCCUAUCGGGAUUCAGAGUCCCGUUACCGCUGCGGUGCUGAAGAUAUUACAACCGCUACGAUGGCCCAGCUCCCGGACACAAGCACCCAAUCUAACUACUUCCAGGUCGCGACCGAGCACGUCGCGUUUGUCUGGACGAUCGACUGGGAUGCGAAGAAGAUCGUCGGAUCAGCCACGCAUACCCUGAGGAUAAAGGAGGACGGCGUUAAGGAGGUCAUCUUUGAUACUUUUGAUUUGGCGAUCAAGACCGCCGAGGUGGAGGGGAAGUCCGUUUCGUAUGAUCUAGGGGAGAAGCAUGGAGUGCUAGGCUCAGCUCUGAGCUUACCCCUCCCAUCGGGACUUAAGUCUGGGUCUACUGUCUCUGCCAAGAUUACAUACGAAACGGGGUCUGGCGGCACGGCCCUGCAAUGGCUCGAGAAGGGGCAGACACAAGGGAAAAAGUUCCCCUACCUCUUUAGCCAAUGCCAAGCUAUCUUAGCUCGCGCCGUCGCUCCGUUACAAGACACGCCAUCCCUAAAGAUUACCUACGAAGCACAGGUUUCGUCCGUCCUCCCGGCUCUCAUGUCCGCGAUCCGUGUCUCUCCCCCAGCAGAAGGUCCCCCUCAUGACGGAAAAGUCAUAGGCAAGGACGUAGUAACAUAUGUAUAUAAGCAGCCCGUUUCCAUACCAUCCUAUCUGCUCGCCAUAGCGAGUGGUAAUAUCCAUUACCGGGCGUUCCAGGUGCCGGAAGGUAAAACGUGGAAGAGUGGUCUUUGGGCAGAGCCUGAAACGCUGGACGCCGCAUACUGGGAGUUCAAGGAGGAUACCACCAGAUAUUUGGCGACAGAGGAGAGCGUCAUCGCGCCGUAUCUGUUCAGUGUCUACGACGUUCUGGUACUUCCUCCCUCGUUCCCCCUCGGAGGCAUGGAGAAUGCCUGUUUGACAUUCCUGACGCCUACUCUUCUCGCGGGUGACCGGUCUCUCGUCGACGUCGUCGUCCACGAAUUGACCCACUCUUGGUUCGGGAACCUUGUGACUGCACACUCAUGGCACUAUUGGUUGAACGAGGGAUGGACGACGUACAUGGAGCGGGUCCUCCUAGGAAAAUUACACUCGGAGGCAGAGCGCGGUUUCUCCUACCUCAUCGGGUCGAAAGCCCUGCGUGACGCGCUGAGAGAAAACCAGGAUACGCCGAAGUACCAGCGCCUUGUCAUCGAACUCGAAGUUGGCGAGGACCCAGACGAUGCCUACAGCACAGUUCCCUAUGAAAAGGGUUCAAAUUUCCUCCUGUACCUUGAGAGAACAUUGGGUGGCCUCGACGUUUUCUUACCCUACGCGAGCGACUACGUAAACACUUUCAAGGGUCAGAGUAUAACCAGCGAUCAAUGGAAGGCUCAUCUGUACGAUUACUUCCGAAAGCGCGGCGCGGACGAUAAAAUAAAAGCAUUGGAUAGCGUGGACUGGAAUGCAUGGCUAUACGGAGAAGGUCUUACUCUCCCUGAACAAAUCGAGUACGACACCACCCUAGCCAAACGAGUUUACGCUCUGGCCGAACGCUGGAACUCGGCGCGUUCUGUGAAGGACGUAGCAGACCUCGACUUCCAAGAGAGUGACAUAGAGUCGUUCAGCUCAAACCAGAAAGUGCUGUUCCUUGAUACCCUGCAAUCUUACCCGGCCCUUCCUGCUUCUCAUGUUGCUCAUCUGGGCAAGUUGUAUGGCCUGGCUACGUCAGGCAAUGCAGAAAUCCGAUACCGAUUCUACGGAGUUGCCCUCCUUGACCCGUCAUCGGCCGCUGCAAAGGAGUGGGCAGAGACGGCUAUCAAGUGGGUCAACGGUGAGGACGGGACCGGGGUCAUCAAGGGACGGAUGAAGUUCUGCAGACCCACAUACAAGGCGGUGUACAAAGUGGACAAGAAGUUGGCUAGGGACGCGUUUGCAAGGUCGAAGGAUGGGUUCCAUCCGCUAGCGAGUAAAAUGAUUGCGAAGGACCUCGAACUUGCAUAAGCCUUGUGAUGUGUUCCCCUCAUGAACGCUCAGGACGUUCGUAUUGUAUCAUAAUGCGAGGUGUGUCAAGUGGAAGAUCCUAUCUACGUUGCAAUCCAAACCGAAGUCGAUCAUGUACCUGUAUCAUUACUGCUCGCCUACUUGAAAUCGCCCCACAAGUCCCCGAAAACAUCGUCCUUCUUCUGAGUCUGAGCAGGCGCGGUAGUCGAGAACGGCGAGCCAAAGAGAUCGUUGCUCGCAGCAGCAGGAGCCGUAGUAGCCGCCGAUGAGCUCCAGACAUCAUUCAUGGCAAACAACGAAUCUUGCUGAGCUGCUGGUGCGGGCUGGCUUGCAGGGUUAGACCACAAGUUACCCUGAGCCGGGGGGACGGGUGCGCUCCAUCCUGAACUGGCUCCCCACAUCCCGGCGCCGUUGGUACCCAUCAUACUGACACUACUCUGGGACUGGGUAUGUGCAUGAGUCGGCUGGG